AUGGCAGCAGCAUCAAUAGAUAUUGACAAACCCGCCAGUUACCCCAUUGUUUUGAGUGAUGCGCUGCUCGGCAAAGCUGCCGGCGAGACUUAUACUGGCAUUCGAUAUAACCACAAGCCAGAUCCUGCCUCGCAUUCAUCCUUGAGCCCCUUACAGCUUCAACCCUCAGAUUCCGACCCAACGGGCUACGACCUCUCGUUUUCAGACAACUCCGAAAAAUACAAAUACAAUGGCGUGCGAACAACUGGUGAUGGGAAAUACGUGCUCAUUUUUGAUCCGGAGAAGCAACAUUUUGUGCUACAUCGCAUAGAUUCUACAUUUGAUAUGAACCUGGUCAGCGCUCCCUGGGAGGAGGACGAAUCGACUCUACGAUCGCAAUACCCCCAAUUAGAAUCAACAGUAAGACGUCAGCCAGAAGCACCACAAAGAAAAACUACGAAGCCUCCAAAGAAUACACCAGUGGUCAAGCCCGAACCCAAGCGUCGGAAGGCGGCGCCAGUCAAGAAGAAGCCCCCCGUCCGCGAGCCAACACCAGAGGAGGAUGAAGAUUCAGAUGAUGGUCUCACAAUUGAAUAUCCUGAUGCACCGCCCUCGAAACAAAAUAAAUACCAACCCCCUCCUGUAUUCCAGCAAAAUGUUGAUGAGGAAGUCAGCGACGAGGACGAGGAUGCGGAAGGCGAAGAAUACGAGGAGGAGGAGGGUAAUCAAGAUGUGGAUCACUUAAAAUUACCAAGUCCGGCCAACAAUAAUUCCGGGGGAAUGAGUGAUGAGGAUAUAGAGCUUGAUCUUGAAGCCGAGUUGGAACAGGCUUUGAAAGAAACGACCGAGGGAGCUGGCGAGGAUGAGAGUGACGAGAGUGAGGAGGAAUAA